UUUAACCUAUGUCCUUGCACCCCGUCUUUGUUUACUUUUAUAUUGAAGUAGGUGUAUAGCACCUCUUUUAUAUCAGAGUGUUCAGGCCACAGUAUGAGAGAAUUUGAAAUCAAAAAAAUUGUCUUGUCAUCUCGCUUAUGUAGAUAUAUACGUAGAUGAGUCAAGUCGGUGAAAGUCCAUCACGAGCACAUCCAAUUUCAGUCUGUCGCCAUUUAAUUUGUGGCUUCAUUUAUAGAAGUGGGUGCAAAAGAUAGAUGUGUUCACUACACUUGUUGUUUGUCCUGUGAAAGUAUUGUUUUUUUUAAAUUGUCUUUUUCUUCUUCUUUUUUUUAUUGUGAAGUGUAUGAAUAUUGUUUCUGAAGUGAUUUAGGAAAUCUGUGGAAUUUUCUGGAAUAAUUUGGGGACAGCUAUACCUACUUAAACUGUUGUGUUGUAUUGGGCACCUAGAUGAUGAACGCUUACAUAUAUAUUUUUAAAAUAGUGGUACAUUGUACGUGAAUUACAGUUUGGUGGGGAAUAUUGAGUGCAUAGACUUGUCGAGACAUCACUAUGGGCUCUGCUGGUCAGAGUGGUAAAAAACAGAAAACACAAUACUACAGAGGCCAACUAGCACCGCGUACCUUCUGUCCCGACUAUUUUCAGUUUUAAUCAUACUGUGUGUACAUUGUUGAACUACCUAUGUUUAAUGAUAACAAGUAUUUAUUAUUCUAUGGCCCGUUUUAUUUUUUAUUAUGCAAUAAAUUGUUGAUGUACAGAGUAACAAUUUUUUUUUUGACAAGUGAAUGUGAGGAAAAAAAACAAUGUAUAGUCACCAAAGUAAAUGUACAUAGUUUUGUAUUGUAUAAUUUGCAGUCAAAAGCACACCUGUUUUGUCCCUCUUGUGUUUUUUUUUUAUCAAUAAAUCCCUAGAUCAACAAUUAUUUUGUCCCAAUCUUGAUGGAUUUGACAUUUAAAUGACUUUUUUCAAACUCAUUUUUUCUAACUCACUUUAAUUAUUGAAAUUAUUUGAUAUCAAAUCAAGUUAUUAAAGGGGCAUGGUCACAAUUUUGCUCAAAAAUGAUUUUUUACUGAUAAAUUGAACAUAUGUAAACAAAAACAGCACAAGCCUUGUUUACAUGACAAAUAUUGUGAGUCCUGUCUCUGGCUUAUAACUCUAUCACUGACUCUCAAAUUUCAUUUGAUCAUUAGAAAUGCAUUCCCAAAGCAUUGUAAAUAAUAAAAACAGAAAAAUAAGAUUUGACAAAAUUCGUGACCAUACCCUUUAAAGAUCUUUUAAUUGUUUUUCGAAGAAUCUUCUCCACAUAUGAAAUUCUCUUUAUUACUCAUUUUUUGAUGGGUUAUCAUUAAACAGCUGGUGUCUUGUCAGAACAAGGAAUCAGUAUGGUGCUUUGGGCCCAAAUAUUCUAAUACAUGUGCAAAUUAACCAUGUGUAUGCAUUCACUGCAUAUGCAUACAACUUUAAAUUGACCCUUUUCUGCUUUUGGGUUUUGUUGAUUUUUUAAAAGAAAAUUUUCCAUUUUUUGGCUUCAGAUUAUUUUUAAUGUUAGAGAAAGCAGCUUAUUUGGAAUGUUUGAGUUUUUUUCAUGCCAAAAAUAAAAUGUUAACACAUUGAAAAGGUUAUUUUUAGUUCAGCAUGAGAACUUGUUUGCUUCCUUAAUUAUUUCCCUUAUUGUACCCCUCAGCAUGACUUGUUUUAACACACAGUGUUACACAUUUCGGCUAUAAUUAGGUAUUAAUACAAGUUAAUGUAUGAGAGAUAUAUGUAUCAAUUAAAUGGGCUCAAUUCAGA